GACAGGCUCCGACGCGGCCCGGCCUGGCGCUUCGGUCGGGAUCCUGCGCCGGGGGACGGGCCGAGCCGAGCCAUGUGGGGCCGCUACCUGGCGGCGCGGCGGCUGCUGAGCCUCAGCCGGACUUUGAAUCAAAAGUCAUGGAGGUGGAAGAGUGGGUCUGUAAAUGAAAGAGCACUACAGUACAAGAUAGGAGAACGAAUCCAUGGGUUCACUGUAAACCAGGUAACAGCUGUUCCUGAGCUAUUCCUAACUGCAGUGAAGCUUAGUCAUGAGAACACAGGAGCCAAAUAUUUACAUGUGGCACGUGAGGACUCCAAUAAUCUAUUUAGUGUACAAUUUCGUACCACCCCGUUGGACAGUACUGGUGUUCCACAUAUCCUUGAACACACUGUGCUUUGUGGUUCUCAGAAGUACCCUUGCAGAGAUCCUUUUUUUAAAAUGUUAAACAGAUCACUGUCCACUUUCAUGAAUGCAUUUACAGCCAGUGAUUACACACUCUACCCAUUUUCAACACAAAAUCCAAAGGAUUUUCAGAAUCUCCUGUCCGUGUAUUUGGAUGCUGCUUUUUUCCCAUGUUUGCGACAACUAGAUUUCUGGCAAGAAGGUUGGAGGUUAGAACACGAGAAUCCGACUGAUCCUCAGACACCACUAGUCUUUAAAGGAAUUGUUUUUAAUGAAAUGAAAGGGGCAUUUACAGACAAUGAGAGGUUAUUCUCACAACACCUACAGAAUAAACUCCUUCCUGAUCACACUUAUGCUGUAAUAUCUGGUGGAGACCCAUUAAGUAUUCCUGACCUUACAUGGGAACAGCUUAAACAUUUCCAUGCCACUCAUUAUCAUCCAAGCAAUGCUAGGUUCUUCACUUAUGGUAACUUCCCAUUGGAGCAGCAUUUGAAACAAAUUCAUGAAGAAGCGCUGACUAAGUUUCAUAGAAUUGAACCAAAUACUGCCAUCCCAGUACAGCAAUUCUGGGAUAAGCCUAGAGAGCAUCAUGUGAAAUGUGGCUCAGAUUCAUUUGCUGCAGACCCUACAAAGCAGACAACUAUUAGUGUCAGUUUCCUGUUGACAGACAUUACAGAUACUUUUGAAACUUUCACGCUUAACUUGCUGUCUUCCCUGUUGGUUGGUGGACCUAAUUCCCCCUUCUACAAAGCCUUACUUGAGGCCAAUCUUGGUACAGACUUUUCUCCUGAUGUUGGGUUUAAUGGCUGCACGAGAGAGGCUUACUUCAGUGUAGGCCUACAAGGAAUUGCUGAGAAAGACAUUGAAACUGUCAAACAAAUUAUUGCUAGAACAAUAGAUGAAGUUAUUGAAAAAGGAUUUGAGGAAGAGAGGAUUGAAGCUCUACUUCACAAAAUUGAAAUCCAGAUGAAACAUCAGUCUACAAGUUUUGGACUUGCCCUGACAUCAUACAUAGCCUCCUGCUGGGUUCAUGAAGGAGACCCUGUGGAACUUUUGAAGGUUGCAGACAAAGUGACUCAGUUCAGGCAGCACCUGAAGGAAAACCCAACAUUUCUUCAAGAAAAAGUAAAACAGUAUUUUAAGGAUAAUCCACAUAGAUUGACUCUGUCGAUGAGUCCAGAUGAAAGCUACUAUGAAAAACAAGCAAAAUUGGAAGCAGAAAAACUGAAACAAAAGGUUAAUGCUCUUUCUGAAGAAGAGAAGAAACAAACGUAUGAAAAAGGUUUGGAAUUAAUUGCUCUUCAAAGCAAACCUCAGGAUACCUCCUGUCUCCCGGCUCUAAAAGUAUCUGACAUUGCGCCUACAAUGCCAUUCACUGAGCUGGAGAUGGCAUUUGCAGCUGAUGAAAUCCCUGUCCAGUACUGUGCUCAGCCGACCAAUGGGAUGGUAUAUUUCAGAGCUGUUUCCAGCUUGAACACACUUCCAGAGGAACUCAAACCAUAUGUGCCACUCUUCUGCAGUGUCAUUACUAAAAUGGGCUGUGGAGCCCUUGGUUACAGAGAGCAAGCCCAGCAAAUGGAGCUAAAAACAGGUGGCAUGUCUGUCAGCCCACACAUCAUUCCAGAUGAUUCACAUCUGGAUGCGUAUGAACAGGGUGUGCUCUUUUCUUCUCUGUGCCUGGAUAGAAAUCUGCCAGACAUGAUGCACUUAUGGAGUGAAAUCUUUAACAACCCACACUUUGAAGAAGAGGAGCAUUUUAGAGUACUGGUUAAGAUGACUGCGCAAGAACUGUCAAAUGGAAUUCCUGAUUCUGGGCAUUUAUAUGCAUCUGUUCGAGCUAGCAAAACCCUUACACCUGCUGGAGAGUUACAAGAAAUGUUUAAUGGCAUGGAUCAGGUGAAACUGAUUAAGCGAAUUGCAGAAAUGUCUGAUAUUAAACCAGUACUACGCAAACUACCACGCAUUAAGAAAUAUUUAUUAAACAGUGAUAACAUGAGAUGUUCAGUGAAUGCUACACCUCAACAGAUGUCACAAGCAUCUAAAGAAGUAGAAAACUUUUUAAAAGGCAUCACUAAAAGCAAAAAAGAGAGAAAACCUGUCCGCCCCCAUGUGAUUGAGAAGUCUCCAGAGCCUGUGUCUGUUGGAAGGGAAGGGCUUAAUUGUUCACAAAUCACAAGGAAACUAAUUACUGAACCUACCUUCAAACCAUGUCAGAUGAAGACCCAUUUUCUACUUCCCUUCCCAGUGAAUUAUGUUGGAGAAUGCAUUCGAACUGUUCCCUACACAGCUCCUGACUAUGCAAGCCUUCGGAUCCUUGCACGGUUGAUGACAGCUAAAUUCUUGCAUAGGGAAAUCAGAGAGAAAGGAGGUGCUUAUGGAGGAGGUGCUACACUCAGUCAUAGUGGCAUAUUCACUUUCUAUUCUUACAGGGAUCCAAAUUCUAUAUCCACCUUUUCAACUUUUGAAAAAGCAGCUGAAUGGGCUCAGUCUGGGGAAUUUGCACAGCAAGACAUUGACGAAGCCAAGCUUGCGGUGUUUGCAGCUGUAGAUGCUCCUAUAGCUCCUUCAGACAAAGGGAUGAAUCAUUUCUUGAAUGGCAUCUCCGAUGAGAUGAAGCAGAGACACAGGGAGCAGCUUUUUGCUGUCAGCAGUGAUCACCUUAUUGAUGUGGCAAACAAAUACCUGGCAGGUGGGAAGAGCACCCGAGGACUGGCUGUACUAGGCCCAGAGAAUCCGCACAUUGCCAAAGAUCCAUCCUGGGUCAAACGAUAAUAUUUAUCAUCAUUGAUAACGUUUGUUACUGAAAAUGGCUUAAAAGAAAUAAAACAAGCCAAUUCAUAAGUGACUAAGGCACAUUAGAAUUUUUAAUUUUCCUGCUAAGGUCCUAGUGAAAGGUCAUUACAAUUUCUGCAUUCUACAUGCAGCAAGCCACUCGGAUGUCUUUCCUCAAAGAAAUUAACUCUGCCAAAGAAGGUUCAUCUCUACAACUGCAUUGUAUUUAAGAAUGAAAACUAUUUGUUCAUCUAUGGCUAAAGCAACUCUUCAGUUCCUCCAUAAGUAUUAACUGCGGUGGCACAAAAAUAUGGAUUUUAGUAACUUCUACAUAUACAAAUAAUUUUUAAAAAACCAAGCUAAGACUUGAAUUUUAAAAUGUGUUUAGCUUAAAUCAUGUUUUCUUAAAAUAUCUGUAUUUUUAAACCUCCACUGUUGGGCAUAAACAGAUUUUACACCUACAUGGGUGGUACUUAAGUCUUUCCGAGUGUGUUGAGUUUUCCAUAAUUAAGUUGUGCAAAACUCAGCUUCUCCAUAACUAUUCUUGUUACAUUGUAUUCUGUCUACAAGCUGGAUCAAAAUAUGUCCUCUCUAGAACUCAUGGCUAAUAAUUGAUAGCUACAGGAAGGGGUUUUUAAAAAGGUGGUUUUAUUCAUAACAGGGCUAUUUUAAUGGAGCUCCUACCUGUGUGACCUUGGGCCAGUUGUUCUUCCUCCCAGUAGUGAAUGGAAUUCUCAGGGUGCUGUUUUUGUCGUUUGUUUACCUUUUGGCUAAGGUUCCACAGCUCAGUGUUGUGAGACAACCACGAUUGUGUUGUGGAGAAAAAACUGCUGUGUCAACCAUCAUGGUUAUAACCUGGUCUCAAAUGUUUCAGCUGAUCACAGAAAACAGUCCUUGGUCCUGGGUGUGAUUGAGGGUUUUCCUGUUGUCUGAGAGAAGCUGAGGUUAGUUAGCAUGACCUCUAUGGGUAUGUCUACACUGCAGCUUGGAGUGAGCCUCUCAGCAUGUUUCACUUGAGCUAGCAUGCUAAACAUAAGAGCACGGACAUUGCAGCUCAGCCUAGCCAGCCAGUUUUGGACUCAGGUGGCUAGUCUGAGCCUCUGCCAGAACAGCUACAUCCACACUAUUUUUAGUGUGCUAGAUCUUGUGAAGUUAAUGUGAGUCUGUCUCUCUCCAUGCUGGGAGACAUGCUUCCUGCUGCAGUAUCGUCUUACCCUAAGGGUGUAUCUAUGCAGCAGCUUGAAAGGUGUAAUUCCCAGCUCAGUUAAACUUACAUGCACUAGGUUGGCUCUAGCACCUAAUAAAGGCAGUGUGGCCAUGGUGGUUCAGGCUAGCUGCCUGAGUACAUACCCAGAGUCAGGCAGAAUCCUACUUGGGUGGGUAGGUAGAGCCACCAGCCAUUUCACAAUGGCCACACUGCUAUUUUUAGCACACUAGCUGGAGCCAAGCUAGCAGGAGCUGGGAAUUGCAUCUCCCAGCUGCCAUGUAGACAUAACCUCCUCUGUGUGUCCUUUAGGUUAACAGCCAUCUUCACAGGGUUAACAGCUUUAGUAUUGCCUUUAAUAGUGUUUUAGUGUUACUUCCUCUCUUGGGGGAGGUGUGUGGGGUAGUUCAAAUUAAUGCAGCUUCAUUGUGCAGAUGCGGUACAGAAAAAUCUGCAGAUGCCCUGCUCUUAAUCCCUCCCCGUUUUACAAGUGGAGAAAGAGCAGUUAUUUGCCUCCUUUUAGAAUGCAAAUAAAAGUUGCUCCUACUUUCUACAGUGGUGUUCUCCUGUCAGUUGUAAUUUGUUAGUUUUUAGACAACUUGAAGUCACACAGGUGGUUUGCAACAAUACUUUUAUUCCACUUUGGAUACAUAAAUUCACUCUGUAACUUGACACAAAACUAGCCUUCUACAUAUAUUCUGAGUAUAGACUCUAUCUCUGAGAUAAAGUGCGCUAGAUGAAUGACUUAUCACACUGAGUGCAUAGAAUUGUGUUAAACUUAAGGAUCAGGCUGGUAAUUGGUAUUUUGUAAGUUAGAUGCUAGGGUUUGCUUUAAACCUAGGAUAAUACUGGGCAAGGAACCUGUGUGAUGUUUGUAUUUCUGAAUUCACAUAAAGUGCUGGUACAAUAAUUUAAAUGUUACAAACAAAGCUGUAAUCAGUAUUCUAAAGCAUUGUUACGCACAACGUAGGUCUAUUACAACUUUAUCUAAAACAAUCGUCUCUUCUUAGAUGGCUACAGUUUCUGCUUCUUUUGGGCUGUGCCUAGCUACAUGCUCUAGUUGACCUGAAUCGGAAACAUCAUAGCUAGUCUUGUAUUUGGCCAGAAUUUUCAUCAGAGGUCGAAGUUUCAGCCACCACUGUUCCUUAGGAAUUCUGUGC